AUGGAAGGGGGGAGCCUCUGGCACGAGUUGGAGACCGACCUCCCGGCCGCCGACGUAUGGGAGGUCUAUGGCGGCCUCGCCAUCGGGCGACUAAUCCCCCAACUGCUUCCACAUGUCCUCUCAAAGGUAGAGCUUGUAGAGGGAGACGGUGGCGUCGGCACAAUCCUGCUCGUCACCUUCCCUCCUCAAGGAGAUUCCGAACCAAGAAGCUACAAGGAGAAGUUCAACGUAAUCGACAAUGAAAAGUACAUCAAGGAGGCAGAAACGAUCGAAGGAGGCUUUCUAGAUCUCGGCUUUCGGAAACAUUUGAUGCGAAUCGAGAUCGUAGGAAAAGAAGAUGGCAAAUCCGUUAUAAGAUCCACCGUCGAGUAUGAAGUUGAUGCCGAGCAUGCGAAGAAUGUCUCACUUGUCAGUACACAAGCAUUGGCUUCUGUUGCUGAGGCCAUCACCAAGCACAUCAAGGAGCAGAAGAAGAGCCCCGAGCAAGCGACCGAGUAA